CAACCCUGUUGUACUCUAGCCCCCCCUCCCCCUUUCUUCCUAUCAUGACAACAAAUUGCCCGCAGCUUCCUCGCCAUGAUGGCUUCUUCUACUGUCUCUGAUAUUGAUCCAUCAAAACGCUGACCAACGUCUUGCCGGAAGCCUACAAAUUGCUGGGUAAUUCUUCCAACCCAAACUACUGGCGCUCGGGCGCUGUGAUGCCCCCACAUCCGCUUGCAGAUUUCGCCCCGCGAUGAUGUCUUCGAGUUUGACGACGAUGCCCUUCAACUCCCCUAAGCGCAAGAGGGCAUCGUCAGAGGAUACCGACCAGUACAGUCCAUCGUCACCCACAUCUACUGUCUCGAUCCUCAGCCUUCAGGAAGCCAGACUUCGAGAAACCGAAGACUUGGGAAGGUACAGUCCUCGAGCGGUAGUGGCCGGUCGCCUAGGAGAACUGGCCAUCCGUGGAGACCGUCUGUCGACUCCCCCAACUCCUUAUGGUUUAGAUCAGGGCGCUGUCACGCAUUCGGUGCCGUCGGGAUGCUGGCCUGUUCUAUACGACUCUAUCUUUGGGCCUCGCAAAAUGCCCGAAACUGGCUCUCACGCAGAAGAUCAGCCCAAUCUAGACGAGUCGACGGAAAACACAUGCCAUCCCCAGUCUGAUAACCCCAAUACUGGCAUCUCCGCAUCGCCUAGAAAAAGGCAGUCAACCCCGAGUCCCUGCAAGAAGAAGAACCCAUCGGUCACAUCUAAGAUUCGCAGCGCGAGAAGCUCACCACCGCUCACCGGCGAUGCGCUUGAAAAUCCGCUUACAUGGCAUGACUCGGAGAUCACUGGACACAACCCUUCAGACCCGAGUGAUGAUGGCUACGGGAUAAAUGGCAUCGGUUUUAAGCCUACUGCGGCCAUCGCAUGGGCCAGGUCGCAAAAGAGGCAGAAACAAGUCGCAGAAUGGAAAAACCGGGAAGCAAGAGAGGCACGAGAAAAGCGACGAGAGCGACGCGAUGGUGCCGAUUUGGAUAAAAUCCGAAGCAUUCAAAGUGGUGCCAUACAGAAGAGGGUCAAGUUCAACAUGUGAUGAUAUAGGCAACCAAGCCCACGGAGGCAAUUGAGUGCGAUUCUCAAACAAUCUAGCAGUUUAUUUGAAGGCUACUGCUUCACCUCUACCUAACGAUCUUGCACGGAAAGAUGACUGAUUGUGAGGUCACUGCUCGAUGCGUUGGCAUUAAAAUAGCCGAAGCGAACACGAGGACAUGGAUGGAGCUCAGAAUAGAACAAUAUGUAUGUACCUGACAUGCAUACCACAUGACAUAUAAUAAUAUACAAUGAUU